GCAUUACAAAUAUUUUCUUCUCUAUUGAUUACAGAGUGAUUGCAAAAGAGGAAACAGGACAUUCGUGGAGUGACCUUGUGAAUUCAUUUGUGCAUAAGGAUUUCUACUAUUAUUUAGGAGAUUAUCUUUAUGGAUCACCAAUCAGUUAUAACCAUCCCGAUCAAAUUUAUUUGAGAGUCGGAAAAAAGUGGGAAAAGACUAUUGGUAGUUCCAGUCAUGAAGUUGUCGACAAAAAUGGUGUAGCAAAUAAAAAUAUCUUAUCAUAUUUCACAUCCAUCGAGAGAGAAAUUUGGGUAUGCAGAAGUCGCCUGCCCAGAGGUGUCUGUAAAAGAGCGCUAAGAGGUGUGGGAGUGAAGAUGAAAUCUUCACAGCCAAUAAGCUUCUACCGGAUUGUUAAUGUGAUGCAUGGCAUACAGCCGAUGAAUAAGAUAUUCUAUUUUGAUGGAAUCGAGGUGUUCAAGGACAGAUGCGCCAUGAGACAAGUGGAUGAUAUGGGUGAAGCUGACACGGCUACCUUUCGGGAAAUUAAAUAUGUUGAUCCAUCUGAUAAGAAGGUUGUACGAUACAGAGGGAAGGUGUUCCUCAAAACGGAUCCUACUACCACCACAAAACCCAGUAUUUUUGAGCCUAUUGAUGUAUAUACGGAGAAACAAUACAAAAAAAAGAAUAACAAGAUAGAAGAAUUGGAAUUUUUGAAAAAUGGAACAUCCAAAAAACGAAAUAUUGGUUCAGAAGGAAGAAUUCUGAGAGUUGGCGUUGAACAUUAUGAAAUUUUAGGAUCAGCAUAUAAUGAAGCUAUAUGUGAGUUAGAGUUAGUAAACAGGAAUGGAGCUACCAGUUAUUCCAGCAAUCUACCGCUUUGUGCUCUCAAGAGACGAAAUAAAAUAACUGAAUCUUAUUCAGCUUUCGCAGAUGAUGGACUAAAGCAUGUGAAUAGUGUAUACUUCUCAAUAAUCAGACAAGAACUCUGGAAAUGUUUCUAUGUUGACGGUAGACAUUUCUGGAGAAGAAUGACAGUUCUUGUAGGAUCUAUACCGGUACAGGAGAUAGAAUACUAUAGUGGGAUCAGUGUGUGGAGAUACAGACUUGAUAGCUCAACAUACAGUGUCAAAAUAAGAGAAAUAUUUUAUUACAAGCCAAACAAUGAAAGAAUAGGCCUACCUGUCAAAUUUGGUGGAGUGGUGAAACUUAUGAAGCCGCCGAAAGAGAGACACUAUGAGACAAAGUUGAAAAAACAUACAUAUAAAUAUAACAAAAUGAGCAACCAAAUGCCAACACGUUUGUAUCCUGAUUAUGAUGACGAUUCCGAUUCCGAUGACAACGAUUUACUAGAUAUGGGAGCGGCAGUAAUAUAAAAAUUCCGAUGCAAUCUAAUGAGCAAGUUUUCAUGUGUUAUUUUGUCAUCACUUCUAAAUAAAAUUUAUAAAUCACACCCAUUCUUGAGUUAUAAGCAUGUCAACCAAAUCUGGGAGAUUUGUAUUUUCCAUGAAUAAAACAUAACAUCAUUGAUUUUGCAAAAAUGGUAAAAAAUUAAAAUCGCUCAAAAUCUUAGGAAUGAUAGUACUUGACGAGAGGAACAAUAAUAUGUCAUCACUUUGGCCAAAUUCACUCCUAUUCUUGAGUUAUAGCCUAAGCAUUUGAAGAUGAGUGAUUUUUCUGAACUGAGAGAGGAGGAAAGAUUCUAUGUUUCAGUGAUUAACUCACUCUGUAUUGUAGCGGAACGUCUCAUAUCAUUUUAGGUUAGGUUAGGUUAGGUUAGGUUUCAAUUUCAACCCAUUUUACAUUAUACAUUUUACAUUAUUUAUGGGUACAUUAUUUACAUUAUUUAGGUUAGGUUUCGAUUUCAACCCAUUUCACAUUAGAAAUUUUACAUUAUUUAUUAUAUUACAUUUUUUCUCAGUUGAAAUCGAAUCUUCAAUUUAAUAAAACUUGAUAGCAAAUAUCGGUGUAAUCGAUAUGCGGACUUAACAUUUUACCAGGAGUUUAUCAGAUACACUUGUGUUGAACAUCCUACUGUAACAAAGUUCUAUUUCUGAAUUAACA